AUGCGCAAUCUGCUUCCCCGGUCCAACAUUCCGAACCCCGCUUUCCCUUCCCCAGAGCCUAGUGCGCAUUCGCAGGGCUCCCGGCUGCGUUCUCCCAGCGUCCUUCGCGGGUUGCGCAGGAACCGUACUAGAAGCGAACGGCGGACCGGCUGCAACAUGGCUGCGCCUGCUGCCGCUCCCCUUCAGGUGGUGGAGAUGGAGGGGGUGGAAGCAGCCGUCUCCGGGCCCGCGGGGCUGGGAGUGGAAGGCAUGGGCAUUGGCGGUAACGUGGCCGCGGAGGCCGGGCUCGGAGCUGGCAUUGGAGCCGGGAUGGGAGCCGGCAUCGGACCUGGGCUCGGAGCUGGCAUCGGAGCCGGGAUCGGAGCCGGGAUCGGGGCCGGGAUCGGGGCCGGGCUCGGGGCCGGGCUCGGAGCUGGGCUCGGGGCCGGCCUGGCCUCCAUGGCGGAGGUGGUCGGCGGGGAGCCAGGCCCGGAGUCGGAGGACUUCGAGUGCAGCACGCACUGCUCGGAGCUGUCGUGGCGGCAGAACGAACAGCGGCGCCAGGGCCUUUUCUGCGACAUCACUCUGUGCUUCGGCGGCGCCGGCGGCCGCGAGUUCCGCGCCCACCGCUCCGUGCUGGCCGCCGCCACCGAGUACUUCACGCCCCUGCUCUCGGGCCAGUUCUCCGAGUCGCGCUCGGGUCGUGUGGAGAUGCGCAAGUGGAGCUCGGAGCCCGGGCCCGAGCCCGACACGGUGGAGGCCGUCAUCGAGUACAUGUACACCGGCCGCAUCCGCGUCAGCACCGGCAGCGUCCACGAGGUCCUAGAGCUGGCCGACAGGUUCUUACUGAUUCGUUUAAAGGAAUUUUGUGGUGAAUUUCUCAAGAAAAAACUGAAUCUCUCAAAUUGUGUGGCUAUCCAUAGUUUAGCCCAUAUGUACACCCUGAGCCAACUUGCUCUGAAAGCUGCAGAUAUGAUAAGGAGGAAUUUCUAUAAAGUGAUCCAGGAUGAAGAAUUCUACACUUUACCUUUUCAUCUCAUUCGAGACUGGCUUUCAGACUUGGAAAUUACAGUUGAUUCAGAAGAAAUUCUCUUUGAAACCGUUUUGAAGUGGGUGCAAAGAAAUGCUGAAGAGAGAGAGCGAUACUUUGAAGAACUUUUUAAAUUGCUUAGAUUAUCACAGAUGAAACCUACUUAUCUUACACGGAAUGUCAAAUCAGAAAGGCUGGUGUCCAUUAAUGAAGUUUGUGUCAGAUUAGUUUCUGAAGCUGUGGAAAGCCAUGCUCUAAGAGCAGAGAAUUUACAGUCUGGUAAUUUGCAGCAUUCAGUGUCCCCUGUUGGAUUACUGCCACGAUAUGGGCAAAACAUGGAUGUGAUUAUGGUAAUUGGUGGUGUGUCAGAAGGAGGGGACUACUUGAGUGAGUGUGUAGGAUAUUUUAUUGAUGAAGACAGGUGGGUAAACCUGCCACACAUUCAUAAUCACCUGGAUGGACAUGCUGUUGCAGUGACAGAAUCUUACAUAUAUGUUGCUGGGUCAAUGGAACCUGGAUUUGCCAAAACUGUAGAAAGGUAUAAUCCAAAUAGAAAUAUGUGGGAGCAAGUUUGUAACUUAAUGACAAGAAAACAUUCUUUUGGCCUCACAGAAGUAAAGGGAAAACUAUAUAGUAUUGGAGGACAUGGCAACUUUAGUCCUGGUUUUAAAGAUGUAACUGUAUAUAAUCCUGAACAAGAUAAAUGGCACAACUUGGAGUCAGCACCAAAGAUUCUUCGUGAUGUCAAAGCAGUCACCAUAGAAGAAAGAUUUGUGUACAUUGCUGCCCGUACUCCUGUGGACAGUGACAGUGAAGAUGGCUUAAGGGCCAUCAUUACCCGCUACGACACAGAGACUCGGCAGUGGCAAGAUGUGGACUCCUUGCCACUUAUUGACAAUUACUGCUUUUUCCAGAUGUCUGUAGCCAGUACAAACUUUUACCACACAGCCUCAUGCUGUCCAAAGAGUUAUCCUAUGGAUAAUGAAGAGGCAAAGAGAAAAAUCUCUGGCCGAGUAUCUGAUGAGAUCCUUGAAAGCUUACCUCCAGAAGUCCUUAGCAUAGAAGGAGCAGCAAUUUGUUAUUACAAAGAUGAUGUUUUCAUCAUUGGGGGUUGGAAAAACAGUGAUGAUAUUGACAAACAGUAUCGAAAAGAAGCCUAUCGUUACUGUGCUGAGAGAAAGCGGUGGAUGCUCCUUCCUCCCAUGCCACAACCUCGUUGUAGGGCAACUGCUUGCCAUGUGAGAAUCCCCUACAGGUGCUUGCAUGGUAGCCAGAGAUACCCCAUGCCCCAAAAUUUAAUGUGGCAGAAGGAUAGAAUACGACAGAUGCAAGAAAUACAUCGACAUGCACUAAAUCUGCGGAGGAUGCCACGCUCUCAGAUCGAAUGCUAGGUUUGGGUUCCUAUCUACAGUAACACCUAUUUGAAUGAGGCUAAACACAUACAGUCUUAACAUAUUACUUGGAAAAAGUGGUAUGCUGGCAACUCAGAUUUGUACCUGAAUUGGUAGAUUGUUUUAUCCCAUAUAAAAAGAGCUGUACUUAUAAAUACUGGAGAAUGGGAAACACAGACACAAUAGAGAGAUAAUGUGAGCAUUUUGGAUAAUUUGCUUCCUUGUCCUUGAAAUGUGCGUAUAGUCGCCAGGUCAAGUAAGAUCUUUAGGAGAGAUUUUACUGUAUGUGAGGAAAAUCAGAUGUCAUCAUUUGACUUUUUUCCACCAUUCCAAGUUCCUUUAUCUUAAGGACUUAUGGUUGAAUGUGCUUCUAAGCACCAGUUUUAUUUGCACUUUUCUUAUGUUACUUUUAAUCUUUUCCUGAAUGGUUAAGUUUGAAGGGAAGAUUGGUGUCUAUGCACUUAGUUCUCUUAUGGAGGAGGCAUGUGCAAUAGUUGGGCAGACUGAAAUUUUAAAGGGAAAGCACAAUUUUUCAGUAAGAAAUGAUGACUUCAGGAUGUUUCUUUGUCAGAUAUCUUAUAUGUAUUUAUCAACACUACCAUGUUUACUUAUAGUAGGGAUUAUUGGUAGAAAAUUCACAUAUAUAAAAUACAUUUUUUUUGAGCUUUUAAAAUUUUUUUGGCAACUAUCACAGACUUAAAAAACUCACUAAUUUGGUGAAAGCAGUUGGCAAAAAAGUCAAUUCUGUUUUCUUAGCUAUGUACAUACAGGGAAAAUUCUAUACAUGGAAUAGAUUUCUUUGGAAAGAACACAAGUUGGUAUAAACUGAAAAAAUAUGACACUAUCAAAGUCAAAGGCAUUUGAGAAGUUGAAGAACUACUUUUCAGAGGUUGCAAGUGUAGUUUAGAACAAGUUUGAUAAUGUAAAUAUGCCUGUGACAAUCAACACGUCAUGCCUUCAAUUCUGAUUCUCUGUUGUGCAAAUUAUAUCAUUUAUUCCAAAUUAUUCUUUUCUAAGAGGUAUAUGCUGUGUUUUUUUUUUCCAAAUGGGAAGUAAAAUCUUAAGCUAUAAUUACUAAGGAAAGGCCUUAACCCUAACCUGCGCCCAACUUUUCUAAUCUUCAUUUAAUCAUUUGCCAUAGACUGAGUGAAAAGGUUGCCUGAGCCUAAAAUACCAAAUUUGGGUACAUAAUUUUGACCUUUUGAAAUUAUUACUAUAGCUCAUUUAAAAAUUGUAUAAUCUUUAUUACUUUCUUUACUUAUUCUUCCUCUCUUUUUUUUAAAUUCAAUUCACUAUCUUAUUCUCUAAAAUAAAACUCCCUUUAUGCAGAAUAGUACUCAGAUUGGUCUCUUACUGAUUAAUAGAACAGGUUUAGUUUCCAUUGUGGUAUCAGGCUAGUGGUUAAGUCAGUGAUCCCAGUGCACUCUUUCUUCUCAGAGAAUGUCAUUUUUGGGUCUGGAAGACUGUAGUUUCGUAGUCUACCUUUCAGAUCAGCAGUGAUCCAUGAAGUCAAAAGCUGCCAAAAAGACGGUUGUUAGCCAAUAACACCUUAUACAAGUUUACCAUCAGUUGCAGUGUUUUUCCAGUACACCAUAUGGUUCAGUAAAAGCAGUAUCUUUACUUAGGUACAUAAGCAUUCAAACAUCAAAAGAAAAGAGCAUAGCUAGAAAUGUGGGGUGUCCAGUUGUAUGAAUGUUAAUAUCCUGGUUUAGAAACCAUAGUAUUUAGACCUUAAGUUUAAAGAUAUUUCAAAACUAAUUUUCCAGAUUAGGGUGUUUUUGGUGAUUGAAAUCAAAUCUGCUUUAAGUCUUUUAUUUAAUGAUUUUGGGAAAGUCUACAGACUUGUAAAAAGUAGCUUGCAUUCUGGUAAGCCACAGUUGAAUUCAUUUGGCUUGGUCUGUGUAAGGUGUCCAUGUUUAAGACAGUAUCACAUUAUAUGAAGUUUCUAAGACUUGCUAAUUCACUUUACUUGAUUUUUAAAAAUUCAAAUUACUUUGUCUUCUUUUUACUAACUCCUAUUCUUUAGAAAGGCAUAGGCCUUUUACUUAUGAUAUUUGAGUAGCCAGUUUAUCUCAAGCUUUCCAAAACAAUCAUAGGAUUACUUGUAAGGAAGGAUGUCAUCCACAUUUAAAUGAUGUUUUAAAAAUUAGGAUUCUAGUCCUGUUAAUGAAUUUUUCAUUUGAAUUGAAACUGUCGUUUUCCAAUUUAGCAGGCAGGCAGCCUAGGCCACGGCUAAAAGGAAGGGUAAGUCGUUCAUUUGCAUGGUGUGUGCAGGUUUUCCUGACUCUUGAAUUUACCUUCUAAUAUUCAGAUUUGAAAUUCACAUUUGUUAUUUUUGACAUUAGUUUGUAUUGCUGAAAUAUUGUGACUAACCUCUUAAGAGAGAAACCAAGUUUUCUUCAAUCUGUUCAAGGCUGACAUUCAGAAAUCUUAGACUAAAAGAAACUUACCGAAUUCAUUUUGAAAUGCAGUAGACAAGAUGAUCAAGAACUGAUAUGACACUGUGGGUAAAAAGCUAGAAUUUUCUUACUGUAUUUUUACUGAAAUGUAGUAUAGGUUUGUGUUUGUUGGUUAAGCACCUAAUAUAAGUACUCAGCUUAAAAUGAAUCCAAAUAACAUUUUGGCUGAUUAUGUCAAAAAUUAAUGACUUUAUAUGUUGUGAGGUCAUUUAUAAUUGCAUGUUCCUUCUGGGUUAUGAUUAAAAAGCAAACUUAACUGAAAUUCGUAGUAAGUUAUUUGUCUUGUGAAUGUCAGCCAUGAGCUUAGUGUGUGACACAUUCUCACUUGCAGUUAUUUAUUGUGCAUGGUGAGUGUUCUGCAUCUCAACAAAAUAAUCAACUUCUGCUGAUUUUUUUACUCUGCCAAAAGAAAUCUUGCUAAAUACUUUUAAAGCUUUAUUGACUUGGAGUUUUUGUUGUUGAUUAGCUAGGUUUGUUAUGGCAUUUCUUGGACAAAAACCCCCCAACAGCCCAGCUUGACUGGACAGAGUAGAAGUUUGAGAUUAGAAAAAUAAAAUUAAUAUGGAAGUUUUUAAACCUAUUAGUGUGGUAAAUCAAUAGUUACCAGGAUACUUUUUUCUCUGUGUAUGUCUUGACAAAUAUUGUAGCUUUGUGUAUCUGAAACACUCCAAAUAUUGCUUCGGUUCUAUAAUAGUUAGCAUUAUAUCAUAAGUUUGUUAGGUACAGUGGUCAGUUUGUGAACUUCAUAGAUGCUUUUGUCUAAAUAGGCUUAACUAGAGGGACCUAAAUUUACUUUGUACUGUCCCUAAAUUUAGCUAAAUAAAUGUGAGAUUAGCCACAUUUAUAAGAGGCUAAAGCUGCUUGUAAACUAUGUCACCAAAAUGUUCUUCAUGUGUAUUUUAAAGUGUAAGAAAUUGUGAAGCAAGGUGUUGUCUCUGCCUAUUCUAGACUAAUAAUGGUGCUUGUGGGGUGCUAUAGUUUUUUGUUUUUUUUAACUCUUGGAUAUUUGAGAGUCUGUUUACACUUUUUUUGGUUGUUAACACAUCAAGCUUUUUGACACAGCUUAGCACUCUGUUAAACUCUUGUGAACACACUCCUAUUUUGGUGCUUUUUAGGUAUUUAAAAAACAAAACUUUUUUGUCGGUUACCAAUGAUUAUUUCUAGAGUCUUCACCACUAUGUAAUACUUACUGCAGACCAUGGGUCUUUGGAAACAGAACUGUUCUACAGUGAGUAAUAUAAUACAGCUAAACCACCUUAGGAUACUUAUAGUGAUCAUUACUUUGCUGUGGAGGAUUCAAUUUGAUAUCCACAAUUAUUGCACUUUGUUGAGAAUGCCUUUGUAGUGCUUAGUUUUGAAGCUCCUUUUUUUUUUUCUUUCUUUUUUUUUUUUUUUUUUUUUUUUUUGCUAUAGUGAGUUCAUCUAAUAUAAACAGCUUAAAUGUAAGUGUGGAUAAUACACAGUAGUCCUAUACAGAACUUAAUCCUAUUUUGUUACAUACAUAUUUAAAAAGUAGACCUUGUUAGAUGUUUAAAUAGUCUUAUACUGAUCUGUGUACCUAGGUCUCAUUGACAUAUUUAUGAAUAGAUAAGGUUAACUUCUUGAACUUUACAGUAUUGGUGUCCCCUGCUCUACUGCAGAGAUUUUUUUUUUAUGACCUCUCCCUUUUAGUUAGAACUAUAUAGUAUUUAGGGCUACUUGAGACUGAAUAUUGUAAAAUAGUAUCUAUUGUCUAUGUUAAGCUAUCCCACUAAUUGUUUCAAUGUAACUGUUUUAAUUAAAUAAACAUAUUUCUUUAGAUCUGUUUCAUA